AUGUUAAACGACCUUCCGUCGCAUAUUCGACUACGUGUCUAUCAACUUAUCGAGCCAAAGGACCUAAAGUCACUUCGUGCCGUGCAACGUCGUGAUUACGAAUUUGUCACCAAUAAUCGUAGCUGCCUACGGAAGACACCGGUCCUUCUACGUGUACGAGCCGAAGAACACGGAUUCAUUAUCGAUGUCUACAAAGCACAAUUCUCACUGGAUAAACCCAGACGAUUCGCCAUAAUCUCGUCCGAAUUGGACGAGUUCUAUCGCUUCAAGGAACUUGCCGUCAAAGGCUUGAUUCUCGAAAGUGCUCCUGACGGGGAUAUACCGCUAUUGCUUCAUGCGGCACGUUUAUUACCCCUGGAUGCUGAAUGUUCAUUGACUUUCAAAUCACUCUGCUUCUCUGAUUCUGACAUUACACAAGUGGUUAUUAUGCUGACACCGGUUCGAUCAAUACCGCUGUUAAAGAGUUAUGGUGUAGCUGGAGCGGGGUACGGCAUGGGAGUGGGUGUCAUGGAGCUCAAAGAAUGCGUCUUUCCGGCCGAUUCAGUGGCUCGCUUCUUCUUACAGUCUCAAAUCGCCUCACGCUCAUUCCGAAUCGAAGAUGAUCAAAGUUUCACGAAGGGGAAUGAGGACACAGCGAAUGAUGUUGGCGAUGCACUGCUCAACAUCUUUCUCUCAUCGGACUGCGAUGCCAUCAGCCUUUCCACCGUCGAAGAGGUGUCCUUCCGUGGACUCACGAAUUUCAUACGGGAAUGGCGCCGUAAUCCUCGACAAUUCUCACAAGCUUCGUUCAUACGAUCGGAGCGAUUCGACAACGAUUCACAUUUCGACCUCUUGCCGUCGACUAUCUACCCAUUCUGUAAAUCCGAUCUCGUACUGCGAGCACAGCUCGAGAGUGUGAGUUGUUCAAGCACAUUCUCGUUAACGCAUUUUUGA